AUGUGUGCUGGCUUAACAGCGUUUAAAGCUGUGAAAGAAACCGACGCAAAACCCGGAGAAAUUGUUGAUGAGUCACCGUUCAAUGAAAUACCUCAUUAUCUUCUCUGGCGAUUUUAUGCAGCAAUAGCUGGUGCUGGAGGCGGAGUAGGAAUUAUGGCUUGCCAAUAUGCCAAAGCUCGCGGCUAUCGCGUGCUGGCCAUAUCCCAGGGAGCUGAAAAACGUAAAUUAUGCCUUGAAGAGCUGGGUGUGGAUUACUUUGUCGACUACCAUAAAUCAGAAGAUCUUGUCAAGGAGGUGAAAGAUCUGACCAAUGGCGGACCGCAUGCUGUCAUUGUGACCUCAGCUUCAGAUACACUAUUGCGUUCUGCUCUUCAGUACGUUCGAAGAAUGGGGACUGUGGUUCCAGUUGGACUGCCUCCGGGCAAUGCGGCAGACCUGAAUGAAGCGCUCGAAGUCUUUCAAACAAAGCAAUUGAGAGUUCCACAUAAGCUUAUGAGCUUAGAAGAUCUUCCACUUGUUUAUGAAAUGCUUGAGAAAGGGGAUUUAGUCGGCCGAGUGGUACUUAAGAUUCCACACGAGUCUUCGAGUUAUUUAGAGAGACGAUCACUGCACCCAUUCGCGGCCUUUCAUCCAGAUAAGUGGAAUACCGCAACUUAUCUGGCACAGCGACUAGAAACAAUGGGCGUCAAGCAUUUUUUUACUGUUCCAGGUGAUUACAAUCUAGGUCUACUCGAUGAACUUUUAAAAAACCAGAAUCUUCAAAUGAUCAAUUGCUGCAAUGAGCUAAAUGCUGGUUAUGCGGCCGAUGGUUACGCUCGUGUAGCUCCAUCCGGAAUUGCUGUGGUAGUUGUGACACAUAUGGUAGGGAGCCUGUCCAUCAUCAAUGCUGUUGCAGGAGCCUAUUCGGAGAACCUCAAGGUCAUAAUCGUCAAUGGGUCUCUCAAGUCUGGGGACUAUCAAUCAGGCAAACUAUUACAUCACACGCUGGGCAAGAUUGACAAAGAGGAGUCCUUGAGAAUCUACAAAGAAGUAACAUGUGCAAGUGUUCGCUUACGACCCGCGCCAGAUAUUGGCGAACAGCUAGACAUUGUACUGCGGCAGUGCAUCAAAAGGUCGCUUCCUGUUUAUAUUGAGAUUCCUAUGGAUGUCGUACAGGUGGCCUGCCUGCCACCAGGAGUUUUUGAAACAAAUAUGCUUUCUCCUGUCAGUGGUCGAUCUAAAAUGGCUGCUGAAAUUAUCGAAAAAUCUUUCACAUCAGCCAGAAGCCCCGUCAUUCUGAUCGGAGGUAUGACCCGAGUCUAUCUCCAACAAGAUAUCGUAUCUUCACUCGCCAGUAAGCUCGGUUGCGCUGUUUUCUGCCUUCCAGAUGGCAAAUCACAGAUCCCUGAUUCACACCCGCAGUUUUGUGGUGUGUUCUGGUCAAAGGCUUCUCAUCCGGAGGUGGUGGCUACCGUCAUGGACUCUGAUUUAUGGGUUGUGAUCGGUGGACGUUGGUCAGAUCUACACACAGUAGGAUCUGCACUUGAUAUCGAUGGGGAGAAAAGUAGAAUUAUUGAUAUUCAAAGUGAUUACGUUCGCAUGCCCGAUGGUAAUAUCAUCGACGGAACCUCACUCCCAGAAGUGAUUGAGCAAGUUAUCGCUUUCAAUAUCACUCCGAAAGUUGCGCCACUCAAGCAUUUUCAAUCAAUCAAGGACACCACAGCAAAUGGUACAGCCAUUCCAUCAUCUGAGUCACAAAUCAGGUUGCAGCACGUCUUGUCAGGUAUUGAAAACAUACUACGGAGAAACGACAAUCUGUUUGCAGAUACUGGAGAAAGCUGGUUCAAUGCAAUGACCAUGACUCUCCCGGACGGAGUAUACUUUCAUAUGCAGAUGAUAUAUGCCUCAAUUGGUUGGAGUCUACCAGCUGUUUUAGGCUCUCAACUCGCCCAGACCCGGGGACGUUCUGUUCUGAUGAUCGGUGACGGUGCCCUUCAAAUGACCGUUCAGGAAUUGAGCACUUUGAUAAGGAUUCGGUCCAAUGCCAUCAUAUUUAUAUUCAACAAUCUAGGCUACAGAGUUGAGACGGCCAUCCACGACGGACCUUACAAUUACAUCGCUAAUUGGGACUACGCAGGUCUUGUGAACAAAUUCUGCAGUAAAGUCCAUACUUGUUCUCCAUACAAUCCUUACAUGUCGGAGAAAGAAAAGCAAGAAUUAUUGAACCCAACGAUGUUUUCAAUGAGAAUCGAGACAUACGGUGAUCUCAUCCAGGCACUGAAUAGAACCCAGACCGAAAACUCAAAACUAGCUAUUUUGGAGUGCUGUAUCUACCCAGAAGACUCGAAUCCAAUGCUCCUUAGAUUCGGUUCUAAUCUUCAUUCAGCUAAAGCGCAGAUCAAAGACCAUGAUCAUGUUACUGCCAGACAGGUCAAUGGAGUGCAUGUGCCCAAGGCUCACCAGCCACGAUCACCCAGCAGAUCACGACUUGCACCCCUUUCUUCAUCUCAACUUAUGAUUUUAGAUCAUGAAAAUGUACUGGAUUUAACUACUGAUAGCGAGGACCGAGCAUACAUGACCACAGACCACAUGCUAACUUGUUUGUGGUCAGCGAGUGGUGGAUGGGAAGCGCCGAAAAUAACUGAGUCUACAUCAAUCGUUCUUCCUCCGACAGCCCCUAGUCUAAAUUACUGGAUACAGUGUUUCGAAGGGAUGAAGGUCUAUCGUGGCUAUGACGGAAAACUGCGUCUUUUCCGGCCAGAGUUGAAUUGCGAGCGUCUGUUGAACAGCGCUCGCAGAAUUGGUCUUCCUGAGUUCGAUGUGAGCGAGCUCCAACAGCUGAUUGAAACGUUUGUAGGUAUUGAGAGCCCUAAAUGGCUUCCUUAA